UUAACAACGCUGCGCCAUCAGCUGUGUGUGUAUGUGUGGUGUUUUAAUCUUUUAUUCCCUUUGUCAAACUUCUCCCUGCACUUGUUGUCGGCUUGCGAUGCUAUUAAUUCGCUCCGGUUUACCAGUGCCACUGCGGUUAAACGCCUGAAAGCGGUAGUGUUGUCUUGAUCGACCGGAAGGCACUUCUCUCCGAAAAGGUCUAUGGCAACGGAGGAGGAAGGCGAUCCCAUACAUCCUCACUGCCUGAACUGCGUGAACGUUGCCAAAUGUUCGGCGCGCCUGGAGAGAAGGACGAGCUGCCCAAUCGUCCACUGCAAGCUUGAAUGCGGCGCCAGCUUCCACGCGUGCAAAUGCCAAGAGCAUCAGCUGCUCUGUCCCAAUGUCAAGGUGCCAUGUGCCAACGCCGUCAACGGCUGCCCAGUAUGGCUACUCCGAAGCCAGCUGGGUAGCCACCUGCAGCACUGCCCUGCGAGCCUUGUGUACUGCACAGCCGAAUGGAACAGGUGGGGUUGGCUUCGCAGUGCAACUGGCGAUCAGCAGUGCGUCGAUCGGUCGGGAAAGCUCCAGCUGGACUUUGCCUUGGCCAUGAGAGACCUACGGUCUCUCAGGGACAGCGGCAGCCAUCGUGGAAAACUGAACAAAGGGGGCAACAAGGAUGAUGCAAUGCCAGUGGCCGCAGCACCUAGGGGUGUUGGGACCACCGGCAACGCCUGGUGCUUGUACAACGGUGGCAGCUGCACUAGCAGCAGCGACGGUGUAGAUAGUCACGCCACGGGUAGAUUGAACGGGUACGUGAACCACGUGUGCGAGACGUCCUGUGUCAAGGCCAGGGAGGAAGAGAAGACCAAUCGCAGUGACGUGGACUUCAGGCUCAUGCGAGCAGCCGGUGCAUGCUUUGCGGCGAAGCACGGUGUUGGCCUGAAUGUUGAACUGUGCGUCGAGUUCCUGACGCGGUACCAGCUGAAGCCGGACAAAGUCUACACGUUUUCGUGCUGCCAGGUCUUUCGUCGCGAUGAAUAUGCCUGGCACUAUCAGAAUGUCCAUAGGGACAUACACUGUGGCCUCAAUGGCUGGCUUGAGCACCGGUGUCCGUUGGCCCAGUAUGGCUGCAGCUUCUCAAGGCGAAUGUUUCAUCCCUCACCCUCCGGAUCUCAACUUGUCUACAGUGAGGUGCUGGAGAGCUUUGGACUUGCUUUUCCAUCAGCGGUGGAGGAAGCAAAGCGAAGUGGAAAGGGUGAUGCAGAUGAAGGGUGCUCCAAAAAUCCGAGUGGCACUUCAGUCAUUAACAGCAAGGUGCUGGAAAGCUGUGGACUUGCCUUCCCAUCAGCAGCAGAGGAAGCGAAGCCGAAUGUAAAGGCUGACGCAGAUAAAGGGGCACGAUCUUGCCUACCCAAUGGGCACUCGCAUACCAAUGGCACUUGUGGUGAAUCUGGUGAUGGUGUGACAUCCAGUGGCCCAGCAUUCUCGGACUCCCCUCCUCUUGACGGUGAAUCUGGUGAUGCCGCGUCAUCCAGUGGCCAAGCAUUCUUGGACUUCCCUUUUGAAGUUCUGCAGCACAUAGCUGGCUUUCUGGAUGCUUUCAGCCUAAAUAACUUCUCUCUUGUCUCGAAGCGUCUAAGGGAUGUUUCAUGUUCACUUUUGAAGAGCCGCGGAAUGGUUGUCCUCAGAUGGGAAAGGCAUGGAAAAUUUACCUGGAGAGUCCAUUCAAAGAGCUGGUACUUCAGCAACGGAUUCAGUCCAAUCAGAAAGUGGGUGUUCUCAGAUGAAGAGCACAUGUCCAGUCACCUGAAGCAGUGCAAGUACUUCGACCGCAACAUCAAAACGAUGCCUACGGCCGUAUGCUUCGGCAUCGGAAACUCUCGAGGCCCCAAGACGCUCGUUCACUUGGCUAUGAAAGCGCCGCCGAUUUGAGCAGUAGCAAUUCUGCCUUUGCAGAUCAUUGUGCAUGAGAUUGAUUGCAGUGUUAUGAAGGCAUAUGAAAAAUGACUUGGGAAAGGUAUUGUUGGGACUUUACGGUCCGCAACAUUGAGUGUGAUCAGUAGUUCCUGAUGGCAGGCAAUGUUACAUUUAUUUUUGGAAUCAAGGAUUGUGCACUGUGGUUAUGUAUAGUGAUGGUGGCCUGUUGUCUCAUUUAUUUUACUGGGAGGAGGAACUUGAAGAACUGCCCCGAUCAUCAGUGAAAUAAUACUGUGAACAAUAGAGUACUGUAACAGGUACCGGAAUUCUACUUUGGUCGCAUCAGGUAUUGUGCUGCUGGUGUACGUUAAAGAUGUAUAAAGAAUGUGCAGCAGCUGAUUUUGAAAUCAAAAGGAGAUGUGAGCAGAGUGUGCAGAGGGUCUGCAGCUCACUUGUGUUAGCACUGCUUUAUAGUUCGUGAUGAUCUCGAGGAAAUGUGUGUAGGGGCAGCUUGCUCAUAGGACAUGUUGAGCAGAAAAGCUGAAGAGAUUGCAGCUCAUCUUCUUCUGCUAUCCUCAGGCAGUUUGUCUCAAACUGUAAUAAACUGGAGCUGAACAUCGUGGGCGGGUUUCUAAAUUGCCAAUAAUGGCAGCGGAUAAUUUAGCACAUUUGGCACCGCUUUAGUAUACUCUAGAGCAACCCGCUGGAAGUGCGCAGAGAGGCCAUAAGCUGAAAUUGUCAGCCCUUUGCUUGACUUGCCGUUUAGGGUAGGUCGAACUGAUGGACCAAAGGACUGAUCUAGUUCAUGGACCAAGUGUGACGCGACUCAGGUGCGGCAUAUCGGGCUGUGAGCAGCUAGCUCCUGUGGCACCAAUGUGCAUGCCAGGAUUUUGUGCCAGUGGCCUAUGUCACAUUGUGAGAGACACAAACUUUCAGAAAUUUUGAAUUUUGAAAAGAAAAAAAAUAUUUUUUCUGGAAAGAAUUAGAUGUACACUGUAUAUUGCACUCUCCUUUACAAAUAUUUGUAGCAGGGCAAUUGUGUAUUUUAUACAGGUAAGUUAAAAAUAUGAACAGACUGUUGAUAGUAUUAGCUUGAAUAGAAAUACAAGAUUAUGCAGAUGGGACAUCGGAGUGUAAAUUUUCUACAUAUGUGGUGGUGGUUUGAAACACAAACACGUGAUACAAAAAAGUUUGCGCACUACUUAAGCCAGUAUCACCGCUUUCACUUGGGGAUGUCUUGUGCACAAAGCUUUGUAAGAAUUUUAUGUUGUGUUUUCUGCAGGCAGAAAAUUUUGGCUGAUGUUGUAGAUGCUAGAAGUCUAGGUCUUGCUUAUCUAGGCUUAUUACUCGUAGGGGACCCAGAUCAUGAGAAGGAGUUUUGCAGGAGAAUAGAAAUGGGUUGGAGUGCAUACGGCAAGCAUUACGAAAUCCUGACUGCGAGUUUACCUCUGUCGUUCAAAAGAAAAGUACAAUCAUUUACAUUCUACCGGUGCUAACAUAUGGGGCAAGAACUUCGAGGUUAACAAAGAAGCUCGAGAAAUAAAGUUGUUUCUCUCUCUCUCGAGAAGAAGGUAAGGACUGUGCAUAGAAUGAUGUAACGACAAAAGGUUAGGUGUAACAUUAAGAGACAAGAAGAGAGUGGCGUUGAUCAGAGAGUAAACGGGGAUAGCCAAUAUUCUAGUUGACAUCAACAGAAAGAAAUGGAGCUGGGCAGACCAUGUAUGCAUAGGAUGGAUAACCAGUGGACCAUUAGAGUUGCAGAAUGCAUGCCCAGGGAAGAGAAGCACAGUUGAGGAUGACGGAAAAUUAGGUGAGGUGAUGAAAUGAAAUUUGCACACACAAGUUGGAAUCUGCUAGCACAAUCACUGGGAGUGGUCUUCGUCUAUCAGUUGACAUAAAAAAGAUAGGCUGAUGAUUAUUAUGAUAUAUGCUCACAAAAAAAGGAGACAGAUAAUUUUUCUUUCCUUCAUUAUUUUCCUGCAACCAUGCCCACCUUUACUCACACUUGCUCUGUGGCCUGAAUCACUCGUUUGGUCCAUUGUGUGAACUUACCUUUGAGCAAACAGUCUCAGUUAGGACAGGUUUUGGUCUGUCAUUGAGUGAGAAGUGUGUCUAUCUGUAUAGGUGUGUCGGUGUUUACCUAUAGAUGUGAACUCAGUGGCGUUGGUUAUGCGAUCUAGCGAACGUGUAUGUGUGUCGUAAACUGUGUGUCGAAGUUUAUGAGAACACUAAACGCGUAGGGAGCGUCAAUGAACAUCGUGUUCUCGUAGUUGACGUUCCGCAGUUGAGUACCUGCAAGUGUAAGGCCAAUGGUCAGGGUGUCUGCCUGAUGGCAGUAGUGUUUUGGCGACGAUGGGCGAGUUUUUGGUGCAAGAUUGCAGCGUUUGGUCACACUAUGCCUGCCACACAUUUCAGGGUCUUUCAUGUUUCGAGGGAAGCGCAGGUGGCUUUUUAGGUAGCGAAGUGCAUGAUGAGAGACUGCAUUGUGCAGUGCUCGUCUUUACCAAUCAUCUGCAUUUGCUGUGUGCCAAGACAGUCAUAUUGCUUUUUGUUAUUAUAUCUAAAUGACUACACAACAAGAGCCCUCUGAACUAACAUGGCAGAAGCCUUCGAGAAGUUCAGAAAAAAAAUAAAAAAUCAUGGUGCCAGUUGUCUUUCAGGACCCUUUGCACAUGAAGUACAGAACUUGACUCUUGGAGGAUGUCUUCCUUUUUUUUUCCCAUUUAGAAAAAUGAAUCGAUGCCUUGGUGAUCAAGCAUUUUUGGCACCAAGCAUCUCCCCCAUAGUGGCAAAACCUUUGCUGCCCUCUCGCAUGAGCCUUGUAACUAAAUAUGAACGUUUAUUUUUUUAUGGACAGGCUAAUCUGCACAGAAUUUUGAAGACUAAAAUUGAGCCCCGUUUGUAGUGUAGAACUUUCGAUGUGAUUUUUUCUUUUUACUAUAUUCUUUUUUGCACUGUUUAUGGCAUUUAAAGUUUUAUCCUGGCACGUCAUGGUCCAAUCGCGAAAGCAGCACUUACAUAUAAAAUCAAAUUGUGCGCAAUUUUCUGGAUUCAUGUGAUGCAAUAUCUGUAGUGUUUGUUGCCUAUUUAUUCUCAUGUUUUGUUUUCUUCUCAUGGGAAUUUGCUUUAUGUACAAGCCACUUAACUACUUGUAAAACUAUUUUUUGUUUCUUGCACGU